AUUUUAAAACUUGACCCUAUAUGUCUUGUAACAUCCAUAGGUAUGACCUGCUCUUCAUGCCGCCGUCGUUCCCCUUUGGUGGGAUGGAGAAUCCUUGUAUUACAUUCGUCACUCCAUGUCUGUUGGCUGGGGACCGGUCAUUGGUUGACGUCAUCAUCCAUGAGAUCUCUCACAGCUGGUUUGGCAACCUGGUCACAAACGCCAACUGGGGAGACUUCUGGCUAAACGAGGGGUUUACAAUGUACGCCCAGCGGAGAAUUUCCACCGAGCUUUACGGUGCGGAGUACACGUGCCUUGAAGCUGCCACAGGGAGAGCCCUCCUCCGUAAACACAUGGAUAACACUGGGGAGAACCAUCCCCUCAACAAGCUCAAGGUCAAAAUUAAAUACGGGAUCGAUCCGGAUGAGACCUAUCAUGAAACUCCCUAUGAAAAAGGCUACUGUUUUGUAUCAUAUUUAGCUCACCUUGUGGGUGAUCAGAACAAAUUUGAUGCUUUCCUUUGGGCUUAUGUGGACAAGUUCAAAUUCAAAAGUAUCGUGGCAGAAGAUACUUUAAACUUUUACCUAGACUAUUUCCCAGAACUCAAGAAGCAAGAUGUUGAAAAAAGACCAGGAUUUGAAUUUGACUACUGGUUGAAUACUCCUGGAUGGCCGCCGUAUCUGCCAGACCUUUCCUCUGGCGAUAAUCUCAUGAAACCAGCAGAGAGCUUGGCAUUGCUGUGGUUUGCUGCUGAGCUGAACAUCGAUGCAAUCAAAGCAGUUGAUCUGUGCUCAUGGAAAACCUACCAGAUUGUCUACUUCCUUGAUAAACUACUGGAAAAGUUGCCUCCAGGGUAUUACAGAAGUACACAGUUCCUCUUUGUGAGCCAUGUGGACAGAAACCGAGGGAACACGCAAACUGGCACAGGGGACUUUUGCAACUACAGGGCACCAACCAGUUUGGUCACGUGUGCGCCGAAUCACGGGACGAUGAUGUCGGGUGGGCGGAGCUAG